AUGAGAUUCGCCUGGGGCUGGCGCGAUGUCAAUACUGUAGAGCAUGGUGGCGCGACAAGCAUCAAACUUUGUGAAAUGCUCGAAUAUGGGGCGGCCAACUCUGAGAACGAUUCGCAUGCGCACUAUGCGCAUUGGAACGCAGCACAUAGAACAGGAACGGGCGCGGUGGCAGACAUCGGGAAGGCGUCCAAGAAUCCUUGUAGGAAUGAGUGCAUAUGCAUCGGCCCCGCCAUGCCAGCGGCGCCGCGUUUGCUCCGGUGCUCUUCGGAACUCGCGUAUGUCAGAGUGGAAGCUUUGACGCGGCCGUGCAGGCGCUCGGAUGGGAGGGACAACAAGGAGUCCAUGCUGAGCGGGGUAACUGGUGCGUGUCAAUGUCCGCCGCCGUGCCUCGAGGCACAGACUUGGCAUCGCUCGGACGUGUGCAUUUUUCCUUCGGCAAGGACCAUCGAGGAGCAUCCUUGA